UGUCACAUUGGGCUGUAACAGUUUGAAGACUAUCUAUGUUCUACAGAGGCUUGGGGAAAUCAGGAACUUACAAUACAUCUAAAGAAAGACCUCACCUUAGAAUUCUUGAGAGAAAGUAUAAAAAGUGAUUAAGGCCAGAAUAAGAAUAAGAACAAUAAAAUCCUUAAUCGCUCCAAAGGGUCUUCAAGGAAUCCCAGGAAUUUUGUUUCACGUUUUAUUUUAUUUUUCCUUUUGUUUGAUGUCUUUUCAAAAAGCUGGAUAACUCAGAUUAGAACAUUAGUUCACAAAGAAGUUGGCUGAAUGUUACAGGCUUGCAAAAUGGAAGGCUUUUCCCUCAUUUCCCCUCCCUCUGAAGACCUGGUAUCUUAUGAAUCAGACCUCUAUAGACAGUCCCAUGAUAGUUACCAGUAUCUCAGCAAUGAAGCAGACAGUCACGGUGGUGAACUGCUUUUAACUCCGUCAGACCACUACUGGGAAUAUCAUCCCCAUCAUCUGCACACCGAAUUUGAGACCUUUGGAGACAAUCAUUUUGCAGAGCUCCAAAGUGUACAGCCACCACAACUCCAGCAGCUCUACCGGCACAUGGAGAUAGAACAGAUGCACGUUCUUGACUCUGGGAUCCCCGUCACACAUCUUGGACUCAACCACAACCAUCAGGUUGCCUUUGUGCCUCGCAUGUGUGUGUAUCCCUCUCAUCAGCGCAGCUCUGAUGAAGAAGAUCUAGAGAGGCAGAGUCCACCUUUGGAAGUAUCAGAUGGAGAGACUGAGGUUGGGGAACCCACUCCUGGGAUUAUGAAUGGAGAAUCAGGUAGUAAGAAGAAAAUCCGAUUGUACCAAUUUCUUCUCGAUCUGCUUCGGAGCGGAGAUAUGAAGGAUAGCAUCUGGUGGGUCGAUAAGGAAAAAGGCACAUUCCAGUUCUCCUCUAAGCACAAAGAAGCACUGGCUCAUCGCUGGGGCAUUCAGAAAGGCAACCGCAAGAAAAUGACCUACCAAAAAAUGGCACGGGCAUUGCGAAAUUACGGGAAGACUGGGGAGGUCAAGAAAGUGAAGAAGAAGCUCACAUAUCAGUUUAGUGAUGAAGUGAUGGGAAAGAGCAGCAGUGAUAGAAAAAGCUUUCCUCUCUGAAUGAGAGUCCAGGAUUCCCCAAAAUUGUAGAGACAAAUAUGGGUUGGACUUAACAACAGAGUUGCUUUAACAUCUCCGGGCCCUCAUUCUUACCUUAUUGAAGUCAAACAUCUCCUCUGGUACGAAUUCUCUUUUCAGCUUUGACAUUCCUUACAGGUUAUUUUUGCAUCUAUAUAACAAGCUGGACACAGUAGGGACUGUUUUUAAAGAGAAAGAAAUGUAUAGGUAUGUUCUUUUCAGAAAAUAUUUGAUUGUGCUGUAAUUAAAAUACAUAGCCAAUGAAGUGUUUUUAUUUCUCAGACAGUAUUAGUUGAUCUUCAGAGACUGCCUUAGCCUACAGCUUUUAAAUUAGCAUUAAUAAAGACUCUGCUAUAUUUCUCCAUGGCUAGAGAGAAACCUGCAGACCUUGGAAACAUAUCUUAUUGUGCAAGUAUUAAUAACAUUAAAUAUUUAAUAAAAUCAGAUAUAAUGAAUUCA